GAGGCACGUCAGCUGAUUCGAUGAGUUGUGUGUUUUCUUGGAGAAGAGCGCGUCGUUCCGUGAGAAAAGAUCAUUUUCAGUGCGGAUUUCGCAAGUAGAAUGGACAGUCAGGCACCUUGUGAUGGUUAUCUGCUGGAAGUGAUUGACAACAAGUGGCGCCAAGACGAGCUUCCGCACGAUCAGAUUGCGGUGCCAAUUGAGAAUCUGCCGGAUCUGGAGGCGGACAAUGGAGAUUCCCAUUUAACGCUCAAGGAACAGGAGCAAAAGUGGAAUGAUCUAGCUCUGGGAUCGCUGGCACCCGAAUUGGCGCUCACUGACCAGAAUAUCGGUGGUAUCUGAGCCACGCCCAGCACAGUGAAUCAGUGAUUA